AGAAAACUGAAUAAAACAACAUUCAAACAUCAGCAAAGACACUCCGCAAGCAUACACUCGGCAUGGAUCUACUUGACGAGUUGCAAUACGAUCGAAAAUGUUUUUUUAUUUUACCCUUGCGAAGAUAGCUGAACGCCUAGAGGGAGGUGCAGAAGGCCACGGCGCGUGCACGUAGCCUUUUUGACAGAUGGGAGGAGUUACUGCAGGAUGGAACUCAGGUGAGUCGUGAUGAGUUGGAUUGGAGCACCAAUGAGCUGCGCAACUGUCUGCGGGCCAUCGACUGGGACUUGGAGGACCUUAGCGAAACCAUCAGUAUUGUCGAGUCAAACCCAGGAAAGUUCCGCCUGGGAGAUGAGGAGCUUCAGGAAAGGAGGGACUUUGUGGAGAGAACUCGAAAAUCUGUGCAGGAGAUGAAGGAUCAAUUGUCAAGUCCAUCAGCUGUGGCUCAGGCAGAGAAAAAAAACAAACAGGCGCUACUGGCUUCGUCUGUUUCGGACCGCUCGACGCAACUAGAUGCCCACCUAGUUUCCGCCAAUUCCAGAUACAUUCAAGAGCAGCAGGAGCAACAGCAGCUGAUCAUGCAGGAGCAGGACGAUCAUCUGGAGCUUGUGUCAGGAAGCAUUCGGGUUCUUAAAGACAUGUCUGGACGUAUCGGGGAUGAACUUGACGAGCAGGCCGUCAUUUUGGGGGACUUCGCUGAGGAAAUGGACCAGACGUCGUCCCGUAUGGACUCUGUGCUCAAGAAGCUUGAGAAAGUCUCUCACAUGACAAGCAGUCGGCGUCAGUGGUGCGCCAUCGCCGUGCUGGUUGCCAUUUUGAUCGUCGUCCUUAUCCUCUUCUUCGCCCUCUGACGCCGGUGACUACUAAGCUCUUCUUGAUACCCCCCAACACGAAAAGGACCUGCCACGUUUUUUUUACCCCUGGACUCAAAGACUAAUGUCCGGCAUGGCUUGAACACGCAAGGUCCACAUUUAGGUUUUGACCAACUAUAAUAAGUUGGGGGCACUGUGGUAAGCAAACGCCACACGCCAUCACAGGACAGCAUACGAUUUUUGGUCGGGGAGGAAAAGCUAUUACGACGUAAUAAAUAUAAUUAUUACGUUAAUAGUCGUAAUAAUGUGAGGUUAAAAAAAUCCAAGAAUGCUACCGAGAAAAGAUUUUAUCAGGUUAAAAUCUGAAUAUUCGAGGAACUGCUAAAUGAUAGAAUUUUUAGAGGAAUUAUUUCCUUUGAAAAGUCACGAUCAUGAGGCCAAAAAAAAAGUAAAAAGUCAAAAUAGUGUAACUUUUUUGUUGUUGUUGUUGUUAAGGAUGAAAUCUUCCUCAAAAAAGUACAAAAAACAUUAAUAACAAAAAGUAUAUUGUUCAUGCAACAAAAAAUUAUUAUGUUUUAUGUGUGAACGCCUUAACAAGUGAACAGAAAUUGUAAAAGUUUUGGAAAAAAAACAAAGGUCUGAAUUUUUUAAAAGGUUUUGUUAACAGAAAUAACCUGGAAUGGUACAGAGUUGUCAUUAUUUUACAAAAAAGGACAACAUUUAUAACAAGUCAAAACAUUAGCGCAACUGUUUAAUGGCAAAGAAAUAAAAAAUAUUCCAGGUUUUUUUUUCCCAUAAAGUAUUAAUUUUACAACUAAGUUGUGAUAUAACUGUAGUCAUAUGGUAUUCUGGAAAAUCUUUUUUUUUUUAGCAAAACAUUAUGAGCAAACAAUAUUUGACAAGUCCUCAUUUUAAUUUUAAUUAUGUAUAAAAUAUAUUUUAAAAAUCCGAUUUAUAAGAAUGGGGUGAGACGACGGCUCACCUCAUUGAAAUUGUGUGUUGAGAAUCUUAAUGUACUUCUUGAUUGUGACUAUUGUUACCAAACACAUCCGUGUUAGUGUACUUGGGAGGUUUUUUUUUUUUCCGUCCUUGAUGCCUUAAAUCUAUUUUUCUACAUUUGUUAAGUAACGUGAUGUCACCAAAGUGUGCGAGUCAUCGCAGCUCUUGUACAUGUUUGUAGGCCUGCCACGAUAACCAUAUAGAUUCAUCGUCUGAUAUAUAAAAGGGCCAACGAUGUUUUUUUUUUUUUAAUUACAUGUGACAUUAACUCAUUAGCUGCCAUUGACGGUGACAGACAUUGGCAAAUGUUCAUUCGCUGCCAACCCUCCCGCUUCAAAUGGAUUGGACAUCAACUGGUGAUAAACUCAUUUGAAUUCAUACGAUGAAAAGAGCCACAUCAUUGGACGUCUAUCAUCGUCAAUGGCACUGAAAGAGUUCAUUCAUUUGUGCUUCCUUGCCCUCUGUAAACCAACAAGCUCUCGACAAUAUUGUUUCAACAGCUCAUUAUGUAGAAGGUCGACGGUACAUCAAGUCCUUGAGCCUUAUUUUAGGCCGUGACGUCGGGUUAAUGGGCAGUCUUUGUUUUGAUAUUUUUUUGACACGGUUCAAAUGUUGAAAAAAAUAUAUUAAAAACUUGUAAGCAUCAUA